AUGCUAUCUAAUUUUCCAAAUGGGGAAGCACACAACGAAGUUAAUCGUACCACCACAAAUGGAAGUAGCAGCAUAGACAAAACUGCAAACAGUCAACAAGCGAAACCGCUACUGGCAAAUCAGCAAUGCAAUGCCAACCAAGGAACAAAGAAACGCACAAAGAAGAAGAAUAAAUUCAAAAACAAGACUCAAUUACACCCCAAACACGAAGCCCCGCAGUCUCAAUCAUCCCCAAUCAAACCAGCUGCAAGAGUAACUUUGCCAUCCGAUGCUAGUACUGGAAAUGAUGGAAAAUCUGUGCCGAGCAAGGAGCACGAGAGCGUAGGUGCAAACAUAACGGCACACAAGACCGAAACCAUAUCAAAUAAACCUAAUUCCACGCGAGUACAGCUGUCGCGACAAGAAGCGGAAUCUCCAAAAUCAACGCCAGUACUACCCUCGCAACUACUGUUUCAAAGCAACUCAAGCUCUCAACUCUCUUCAACACAAGGCUACAAGUCACCGAGGAAAGAAAUGUUGAUCCGUAAUAAACGAAAGGAGAGUGGACAAAAGGGCAACAACCUCGACCUCCGAGACAAUUUAAAGUCCGCAGAAAAUGCCGGCUUUUCCCUGUCAGGUACUGCUGCUGCUGCUGCUGCUGCCGCUACUAAUUCUGUCUCGGAAGAUCCCCCAUCAGUGACAUUGAUGAUGGACGACAAGGUGACUCUAUUCAAAUACAAAAACCUGAACAUUGUUGAACUACCCCACAAAGAUGACAAAACGGGGUCAUUGUUGGCUCAUGGAGAACUUGAAAUCUUUCAACUACUCAAUGGUGGCAUCACGUGUUUAUCAUGUGGUGGUAAGCUGUUUAUAUACCCUUUACUUCCCAAAGUUAAAGUUUUCAGAAUUGGAUUCAAUCAAUACCUCAUACCAAUGUUGAAUCCAGAACGGUAUUGGAAAAUUACUGUUGAUACUGAAGAAAGUAACGUGUUGGCUAUUCUUCAAGGAACAUUGGAGAGGAAUGUGAACUAUAUUCAUGUUAGUGAUAAACAUGCUUUUGAUCUGAGAACUUAUAAACAAGCCCACGCGCAAUUGCUGCAGGCGCAAUCGGGUUCCGAUAGACGUGGCAGGGCUAUCUCUGCUCAUGACUUGAACGCCAAGCCACACGAGUUGAAUUCUAGCCCCAAUCCAAAUGGAGAAGGCUUUCACACUAUUAUUGACACCGAAAUACCGGAAUCACCACCAUCGGCUCCCAUUUCUCCUCCCCAUUCGCCAGUGAAGGAUUUCGAAUUAUCACCGAAAGCCCCACCUUCAGAUCAUGCCAAAUCAGUGUUGAAGACAUCGUCACAGCAGUCUUUAUCUACAAAUGUUGCAUGCCUUGACUGGAAACCUACUACACAACACCAUCAACAACUCAAAGCAAGACGUUCUUUCCAUGCCAACCCCUAUAAAUCAAAUUUUGCCAACUAUGAAAAAGAUCUGCAAAACAUUAGCAAUAGAAGCAACACUGUUCCUCAUCGCCAAAGUGACCUCGCACAUCCACAAACUCCUAUUAAAACAGUUGAAGAACAAUCAGAAGGAUCGAUGGAUUCACUAUUGGAUGAAUUUGAACAAAAUAUUGCAAGAUCUGUACGAAACCCAUCGGUUUACUCUCGACCCAUGUCACGACUCCAAUCCGUCACCUCGCAACACAAUCCGGUUCCUGUUUACUCAAGAGGGAAAUAUUUCCAUGGAAAUAUUGAUCACGAUGAUGAUGAUGAUGGUGAUGGUGAUGAUAAUGGUGUCAUAAAUGAAGAUGAGGUGUAUGAAGAUGCACGUGGGUUCCCUUAUCAUCGAGGUGGAGGACACCUUAAUGGAAGCACGCAUGAAUACGCAAUUCGAAAUGGCGAGAAAGGUGGUGAUUUUGUUCAUGGGCACGCCAAUGCUGGUGGUGGCACUAGCAGUGUGCAUGAUCGUGGUCUUCAUUCCGCCAGAAGCAGGAAAUCAUCACGCAGUGACUUGUACACCAAUGAAAGCGGAUGGAUGGAACCAAAUAUAGACCAAACUGUCUAUCAAAAAUCCACUGGAAUUCGCAGCACAGGUCCGACUAAUGUAUCCUCGAGAUUACCGAAAUCGCGGUCGAGUUACAGUAUAAGCAGUUCAGCUUCCAAUGCGUACAGCUUGGGAAACAUUUACCGAUCAGUCAUUGGUUCGCAACUGCGUCGAGAUUCGUACUAUAGUCAAAGUCAUGUACAGCAGCAACAACAGCAACAACAACAACAACAACAACACCAUCUUUAUCCUUAUCAGCACAUGUCGCUGCUGCAACUGGUGAGAAACGGGCGUUAUGACGCAACUAAUUUUGAUUCAAGAUCCACUACGAAAUCAAUGUCUCGAUUACCAAAUACGGCCACUCGACAACUGGACAUAAAUAGACAAAGACAAAGCACUUAUUUUGGCCUCAAUGCGAAUACCCAUUCUGUUAAUGGUUCCGUUAGUGGAAGUGCAAGAAAUGGGUAUGAUCUGACUGGGGAAAGUCGUGGUGGUGGUGCUGGAGGUACACGCAAUGUCCAUGUCAAGUUAAAUUCUAGUGAAAUAUAUCAAUUGUUGAGUACAAAGGACGAACCACAGAGGUCGAACGCCAUUACCACACCAGUGAAACCGUUGCCAAGGAGUACGAGUUUCACAUCGCGAUUAUUUGGGUGGUGA